UCUGAAAGGCUUGAAGCGGAUAUGGGCCAUUUGGUCACGUGUCUCGUGUCCGUGUGUCGCUUGGCCAAACGCUGGUACUUUCUUACAUUUGACGCUUUCUUACAGUUGGCGCUGGAAUGUGUUUGAAAGAGUGCAGGGAAACUACUGGAAUGUUGAUCACAUGACGCCGCUAACAAUGACCCCCACCAGUGGUCCAUGCAGUGAGCAGUGAGCGUUGGUCCUGAUGGAGAACACCUGGCGUGUGCCCGUGUUGUGUUGUCGUCCUCGUGUGUUGCUGCUACACACUCUCUUCUGGUGCCUCGUGGCCCUCAGGGUGUUUGGAGCCGCCCUGCUGGCUGAAGACAAGACUGCAGCAGUGAGGACGCUGGUGGCCCCCUGCUGGCUGCUGGAGGAGUUUGUGGUGACCAGUGAGUGUUCUCAGUGUGGUGCCUUCCAGACGAAGAGCAGGGCAGCGUGUGGACAAACAGGAUAUGUGGAGCGUGUCAACUGUACCAAGUCUAACAAAGAUGACUACAAGAGCUGCCGCUCGGCCGCCAUGGAGGAACACAGCUUCUGGAAGUUUGAGGCGGCCAUGUUGGCGGUGACGUCGCUCAGCGCGGUGGUUGUGGUCGCACGUCAGCGUUGGCUCGAUCGCCUCGCCUCAGAGAAAGUUCGCCGACAGAUCGAGUCUAUCUGAGAGCUUCAAGGACAUCCGUAAAAAUCACAACUUUAUUUCAAAUCUUGUCAGCUGCUCAUCACAAACUAUAACAAAACUGUUGAUGACAGGACUGCGGUGUCCAGGUGUCUUUGAACGCAGCAUCAGCUUGUUGUUUAGGUUGAUGUUCAUCAUAACAAAUAAAACAUGUUGACAUCA